AUGCUGUCCCGACGACUCCUGACUCUCGCCUCGAUCUCGAGCUCGCGCGUGCGCGCGCUGCACGUCUCCCGCGCCGUCCUGGCCGAGAGCGACCCGUUCCCGCUCCCCUUCGACCCCGCCCUGCUCGCCCAGCAGCAGCGCCCGCGGCACGACCAGGCCGAGGCCGAGAUGGCGCAGUGGCAGGCGAUCAAGCCCAUCGAGCGUGUUGGCGAGGACGACAACAAGAUGCGCGCCCGCCUCGUGUACCAGACCCGCAAGCGCGGCAUGCUCGAGAACGACCUGCUCCUUAGCACGUUUGCCAAGAAUGAGCUGCCGAGCAUGACGAGGGAGCAGAUGGAAGAGUUUGACAAGCUCCUCGACGAGAACGACUGGGACGUCUUCUACUGGGCGACGGAGAAGAAGGAGGCACCCGAGCGCUGGGCCAAGACCGAGCUGCUUGCCAAGUGA